CUUCAAUCUCUCUUCAUUCUUCAGCCAGAACCCUAGCUUAGACCAUCCAUGGCUUCGACUCCAAGAGCAAAAACCUUCAAAUCCCCAACCAAAACACCGACUAACAUCUAUCGCAAAUCGUAUCUAUCACCAUCUUCAACCUCACUCACUCCUCAAACCCCAGAAACUCUAACUCCUCUUCGUAGAUCCGCUCGUCAUGUUUCUCGAAAAAUCGAUCUGGGAAAUGACCCAAUCGAUGUUCCAGGAAGAGAAUCAAUCGAAGAAAUGAAUCUAAUUCGAAAACGAGAACGAGCGCCGAGAAAACCAACCACUGAUGUUGUUCCAGAGAAGUCGACGAAAUCAGAAACUCCGAAGAAGAAGAAGAAGAUCGAUUCGGAAGUUUCCUUCUCUCCUGUUUCUCCAAUUCGAUCUGAGACGAUUAAGAAGACGAUUAAGAAGAGAGUUUAUUACAAUAAAGUCGAAUUCGAUGAAACCGAAUUCGAAAUCGGUGAUGAUGUUUAUCUUAAGAGAAGAGAAGACGCGAAUUCAGAUGAAGAAGAAGAUCCAGAAAUUGAAGAUUGUCAGAUUUGUUUCAAAUCGGAUACUAACAUAAUGAUUGAGUGUGAUGAUUGUUUAGGUGGAUUUCAUUUGAAAUGCUUGAAACCGCCGUUGAAGGAAGUUCCUGAAGGUGAUUGGAUCUGUCAAUUUUGUGAGGUUAAAAAGUCAGGUCAAACAACACUUGUGGUUCCUAAGCCACCGGAAGGGAAGAAAUUAGCGAGAACGAUGAGGGAGAAGCUUCUUUCCGGUGAUUUAUGGGCGGCUCGAAUCGAGAAGUUGUGGAAAGAAGUUGAUGAUGAUGGUUGUGUGUAUUGGAUUAGAGCUCGUUGGUAUAUGAUACCUGAAGAGACGGUUUCAGGGCGUCAACCGCAUAAUUUGAAGCGCGAGCUUUAUUUGACGAAUGAUUUUGCUGAUGUAGAGAUGGAAUGUAUUCUUAGGCAUUGUUUUGUCAAGUGUCCUAAGGAGUUUUCGAAGGCGAGUAAUGAUGGUGAUGAUGUGUUUUUGUGUGAGUAUGAGUAUGAUGUGCAUUGGCGUAGUUUUAAGCGUUUGGCCGAAUUGGCUGAUGGAGAUUCGGAUAGUGAUCAAGAGUGGAAUGGUAGGAAAGAGGAGGAGAUUGAUGAUAGUGAUGAAGAGAUGGAGUUUGAUGACGAAGAAAGUGUUCGUGGGGUUUCGAAGAGUAAGCGAGGAUGUUUAACGAGUGCAAGAGGAGGUGCGAAUUCUCGUAAAGGGCGUUUCUUUGGGCUUGAGAAGGUGGGAGCAAAGCGGAUUCCUGAACAUGUGAGAUGUCAUAAGCAGACUGAGUUAGAAAAGGCGAAAGCUACUUUGUUGUUGGCUACACGUCCUAAGUCUCUUCCUUGUAGAAGCAAAGAAAUGGAAGAGAUCACUGCAUUUAUAAAAGGUUCAAUCUCGGAUGAUCAGUGUUUAGGAAGAUGUAUGUAUAUUCAUGGUGUUCCCGGGACUGGGAAGACUAUUAGUGUAUUAUCGGUUAUGAAGAAUCUAAAGGCUGAGGUUGAAGAGGGAAGCGUUAGCCCAUAUUGCUUUGUGGAGAUCAAUGGUCUCAAAUUGGCUUCACCUGAGAACAUUUACAGCGUUAUCUAUGAAGCGUUGAGUGGUCAUCGAGUCAGUUGGAAGAAAGCUCUACAGUCUUUAAAUGAGAGGUUUGCAGAAGGAAAAAGGAUUGGUAAAGAAGAUGAGAAGCCUUGCAUACUUCUCAUCGACGAACUUGAUCUUCUAGUAACUAGAAACCAGUCGGUUUUAUACAAUAUUCUGGAUUGGCCUACCAAGCCUAACUCCAAAUUGGUUGUGUUGGGAAUAGCAAACACGAUGGAUCUUCCAGAGAAGCUGCUUCCUCGGAUUUCAAGCCGAAUGGGUAUACAAAGAUUGUGUUUCGGUCCUUAUAACCACACUCAGCUACAAGAAAUCAUUUCUACAAGGUUGAAAGGAAUCAAUGCUUUUGAGAAGACAGCUAUUGAAUUUGCUUCGAGAAAAGUAGCUGCUAUUUCAGGAGAUGCAAGACGUGCGCUUGAGAUAUGCAGGCGAGCUGCAGAAGUAGCGGAUUACCGUCUAAAGACUAACAAAACUGCAAAGAAUCAGCUGGUAAUUAUGGCAGAUGUUGAAACAGCUAUUCAAGAGAUGUUUCAGGCACCUCAUAUUCAAGUUAUGAAGAGCGUAUCGAAACUGAGUAAGAUCUUCUUGACGGCUAUGGUUCACGAGCUUUACAAAACAGGAAUGGCAGAGACAACAUUUGACCGAGUAGCAACGACAGUAUCAUCUAUUUGCUUAACCAAUGGAGAAGCUUUUCCAGGUUGGGACAUUCUUCUCAAAAUCGGUUGCGAUCUUGGUGAAUGUAGAAUCAUUCUCUGUGAACCUGGAGAGAAGCAUAGAUUGCAGAAGCUGCAGCUGAAUUUUCCAAGUGAUGAUGUUGCUUUUGCAUUGAAAGACAACAAGGAUCUUCCAUGGCUGGCCAAUUACUUGUGAGUUUUUUCUGUUUAUUGAAUCAUUUAUCAUCUCGACUUGUAUCUGUUUCUGAAAUGUGUCAUGUAUUCUUUGUUUGUUAAAUUACAUACAAAAUUGUAUU